GUUCGGGGAGAGUUUGUAGUCGGACACAUUUCAAAGUGACCACGGUCGUUUCCGUUCGCUGUCAAGUGUCGAGACGAGGCAGCGUUUUUCCCCUUUUACCCCCUCAGUUCUUUUGGUGACCAGAGUCAUCAUGACACUUUUUCACUUUGGAAACUGCUUCGCCCUGGCUUACUUUCCCUACUUUAUAACAUACAAGUGCAGUGGCCUCUCGGAGUAUAACGCCUUCUGGAGAUGCGUCCAAGCUGGUGCAACUUACUUGUUUGUCCAACUCUGCAAAAUGCUUUUUCUUGCCACAUUUUUUCCUACAUGGGAAGGAGGAGCAGGAGUGUAUGACUUUGUUGGGGAGUUCAUGAAGGCAACAGUAGACCUGGCAGACUUGUUGGGUCUCCAUCUGGUAAUGUCCCGCAAUGCUGGAAAAGGAGAGUACAAGAUCAUGGUGGCUGCCAUGGGCUGGGCAACAGCAGAACUUGUGAUGUCAAGGUGUCUUCCUUUGUGGGUCGGAGCCAGAGGCAUUGAGUUUGACUGGAAGUACAUCCAGAUGAGCUUUGACUCUAACAUAAGUUUGGCCCAUUACAUUACCAUGGCAGCUGCAGUGUGGAUGUUUACACGCUAUGAUCUUCCAAAGAGCUUCCGGUUGCCUGUUACUGUCCUGGUGGCUCUGUGUGUCUACAAGGCCUUUUUGAUGGAGUUAUUUGUCCACGUUUUCCUGCUGGGCAGCUGGACGGUGCUGCUGGUGAAGGCCGUGCUGACCGGCGCCAUCUCUCUUGCCUCGCUCUUCCUCUUCGUCAAUCUGGUCCACAGCAGCUAAAUGGAGCUUCAGAGGAUCUCAUCCACUUGUUUUCAAUCUAGACACCGAUUGUUCUUGAGUUAGAAGCUGACCCCCUGGUGUCUGUUUUUGUACCAACACGGAAUUUUGCAGAAGUGUUGGAAGAAGAAAAAAAGCCGAAGCAUUGAUUGAUGAUGUGACUGCAACUAACCUGUAGCAGUUGUGUGUUUCUGUGAAAAAGCUCAGGCUAGGUUCUGGUUUUCUUUGAAGAAGAUGCUGGAGAAACUAAAACACCAGGAAGCUUCUGCUGUUUGAUUGGUUUGCAUAAACUCUUUUGGUUUCAUGAUAAUGUGAAUUUUUGGAUCAGAACAAAUACAAACGCAUUCAGACAACAUGCUUGAUUUUAAAGCUUUCUUCUUUUAUGAGAUGGUUCAGUUCACUAACAGAAACUAAUAAUCUUUGACAAUGAAUUAUUCACAUUAGCAACUUAUUUAUAUUUAAAUACAAAUAAGACUGAGUGAUUUAUGAUUAUAGGACUAACUGUAGGUGAAAAAACAAAUGGGCUGCACUGUAAAGAACUGAAGUCUAGUUUGCAUCUGAACUUCUGAUUUUGACUUUUUAUACCAGAAUAAACAUCAUCGUUUUGCCUAA